AUGAGCCGCCGUGUCUCACCGAAGGAGUUACGACCUCUGAGUCACCCAGAGCACAACAGGCUAAAAUCGUUAGAGGAGUUGUGCAUCUUGGAUGAUGACCAGUCCAAGACCUCCGCUUUUAAAGGCAGUGAUGUCCAGGCUCUGGCCAUCCACCCACGGAACAUCAAUAAACUUCAUAUACCAAGGCCACCCAAGGGCCGUCAGAAACCGGUGUUUAUGGCUUGUGCGCCUAAGACGCAACCAGCUGAUGAAGUUAGAAAUGCUGUGCGAGGGGCAGUGGCUCAUCCAGUGAACCUGGACCCUGACUCUCAAUCUCUGGACUACACAGGGUUGGAAGGGCUUUCGUUUGACGACCAAGGGAUGGUUCUUCCUCAUAGCAUCCUUGGUACUUUAGAGGAUUUCAGAAGUUGUCUCGAGGUCAGAGGGGAGACUGAGUUGGUGAAGCGAAUACCAAAAGCCCUGAGAGAUCCUCUACUUGAGGCCCCCGGGAGGCAUCACUCUGCGGUUGUGGAGAAUGGAAGUGGGCGGCCCUCAGCCUGCAGAAACAUCCAGAGUAAUGCCCUGCAGCACUGGCGUACACAUAUGAGGCAGCGCAGACGGCAACAGCGCUCCUUAUCUGACUCGCUCGACAGGCCAGUCGAAAGCUUGCUGAUGAACCAAGCUAACCGUUUCAGAGAAACUCAGGAGCUGAGGGAAUCUCUAAGCCGAGUCAUGCCCCUCAUCCACUCUGGAUAUGGUUACCGUGUGGGUAGUGAGUUUUGGAGUCUCCCCCAGCAUUAUGGAGAUGAAAUGAGUGGCAUCACAGCAACUCUGACUCAGACAGAGCAGGGCAGACAGGAACCUGUCGCACAUGUAGCUCAACCGAGCAGCAUACGCCAGGAAUCAGGAAUAAUUUGUGCUGAAACUCUGCGUCCAGCCUCUCGGACUUGGGACCAGAGUGCAUACCUGCAGCACCAGUGCCAGGAGCUCGGAGAGAUCCUACUGGACAUGGACAUCAAAAAGCCGGACAUCGAUGGACUGGAGGUGAUUGGCUCAGGCAAGCCGUCCACUUUUGUCACGGUGUGUCGUAGUCCCUUAUUGGAGAAGGAAGAAGAGGAGGAGGAGCAUGCAGAGAUCAAGAAGGAGAAUCUAGAUCCACUGGCACAGUAUGAUGAUGUCCGGUCAGAUGCUCUGCUCAUUCCUGCCUUGAGGUUCUGUGGUCGGCUUGCUAGCUGGACUGGAAACUCUACCACUAACCAGGGAGAAGUAGGAAUCAGUGCCACAAUAAUCUUUGAGGCCCUGACUGGAGAAAGAGCCUCAUCCCACCUGGAGCUGCAUAAUGAGGGCAGCACAGCCAUCUUCUACAGCUGGCAGCAGCUGCUCAUGCCACAAAGCUUUCCUCAGUUGCGAUCACAAACAAAGCGUCCGGUCUUCUACUUCAACUCCUCCUCUGGUGUGAUCCUUCCAGGUGAAACCCAGCGGAUGGAGUUCAUAUUUAAGUCAAAGGAGCCAGGAAUCAAAACUGAACUGUGGCAGCUCAACACCCAUCCCAUGCUGCUGCAAGGAGCCUCCAUGCAAGUCACAUUGAGGGGAGUGGCUCUGUACCAGGACAAAAACGCAGACCAGAGGCUUUUCAUUGAGGUGAAGCUGGAAAAGAUAGUGACGGUGAAACUGUGUCGGUCAAUUGCAUAUGAGGUGCUGCAGGGGGUCCACACUCCAGAGAGACCCAGCUCUCCUGCAGAACUCUACAUCACUGAAGAGCAAGAGUUUUUAAGCAAAAACCCUAAGUUGCACUACAGUGAUCAGGCAGUGGAGGACCUGAAGAAACUGUGGCAAGAGGUGAAUCCAAGACACUCCUGGGACCUCUCUGUUGAUACACUCAGACAGAUCGUGCUGUCUCUGCCAGAGCCAGAGUCAGCUCAGGAAAAGAGCCUGGCCCAGCUCAACUCUCUGCUUCUGCAGCUUUCUGAACCCUCUGAAAUGAAACACCAUCUAACAGCAGCAGCCAUAGGGCAGCAGCUGUGGAGGAAGUUGCUGGACAUGAUGGUUACUGAGGCCGUGUGGCUCAGAAACCUGCUGGGCCUUCCAGAGAGAGACACAUGGUUCGAUAAAAAGGAGGGAUCCCUCAUCUGUGAUGCUGAUACAGCUGACAACAGAGAUGAGAUGGGUGAGAAAAAGGGAGGAGCAGCUGCGAAAGAGGAGAGGAGUGGUGCAAGGUCCACAUCCAAAGAUGUCAACAAAGGAGAGUCCAAGUCAGCAACAACUGAAAAAUCAGUGGAGGACGGCAGAAAGAAGGGGAAAAGAAGGGACGAAGCGGGGAAACGCACUAGGGAGAAGCGAGGGAAGGAAUCAGCCUCACUGACUGACACCUAUCCGGAGAGUGUCAGUCAACAACCUCCUGAUGACCAAAAUGUAGAGCUGGAGGUGAUGAACACGAGGCUCCUGCAUAAAAAGGUUUAUGCUCUGAUGGAGGACCUGGUGGACAGCCUGUGUGACCUGAUGGACGAUCUUAAUGAGGGAGAUGACCAGGACACACACAUUUUUAACACAUGUGAGGCAGGCACAGGAGCCCACUGA